AUGUCUCGUCAAUAUUCGAACCGUCCAUUUAUACCACCUCGUCGUCGUGUAUCACUUCAAAUGUGUGACUUUGUUUCUUAUCCAACAUCACAAACUAAUGAUGCACCACCGGAUAGUUCAUCUUGGCAAUUAACAGAUCCAUUAUCUUGUAUACAUCAACAACCUACAUCUUCUGAAUCUUCUUCUCAUUCAAUACAAAAUAAUGUUUCCUAUUUUCAAUAUCCAUCUCAUCAACAUACACAUGAAUCUCCAUUACUUACAUCCAAUCAAGAAACGACUAAUAAUAAUAAUAACAAUCAAACUGUUCAUCAUUUAAAUGAAUCACAUCCAUCACCAUAUCAUUUCCAUUAUUUGCAAUCGAACGAACGAGAACAACCAAGACCUUCAUUACCUUUAAGUCUUGUAACGGCUGCAGCAGCAACAACUGCUACUGCUCCACAUCAUAGACAUUAUCGUUUAGAAAACCCAUCUGCUGCUGCAUUUACUCGACAUCCACCUUGGUUUGAUGAUGAAUCAGAAGAUAAUAAUGGAACAAUACAACAAUCAUCUCGUAAUAAUAAUCAUACGAAACGACAACGAUCAUCAGCUGUUAGUACGCCUACUUCUCAAUCCUCACAAUCAUAUCAUCAUCAUGAACGAAAACGUUCGAGACAUGAAGGAAUUAAUGAUGAAAAUGCACGAACAAGUUAUCGUUCACAAGAGAAUGUAUUACAGCAACAACAACAACAACAACAGCAUCGAUCAUCUGGUGGUCAUCAUCAUCACCAUCAUUAUCAACCGUAUCCAAAUCAUCGACAUGUACAACCACAACCAACUCCUUUACCUCGUACAUUAUAUAAUGAUAAUGUACCUACUCUUUCUCGAUCAUUUGAUCAACGUACACAAGCAAUACAACGAAAUCGAAAUGAACAUUCACAAGAAAUCAAUAAUACAAAUGUCCAUUAUGGAUCACAUCAUCAUACUGUACAACCACCAUUAUCAACACAACCUCGUAAUAUUUACCAUUCUUCUAAUCAUCGAUCAUUGUUACUUGAAUCACCACCUGUUGCUUUACCUCAUCGUCAACCGAUUCCUCCUCCUCCUCCACCACCUCCUCGUUCUUCUUAUGCACAACAACAAAAUCAUCAUCAUCAUCAACGAAGUGGAAUUACAAUUGAACCAGUACCACAACGUGCUCCUCUUUUUCAUCGAACAUCAAUGACUGCUCAUUUACAUCAACGACCUUCGACUUCUUUUCUUACUGAUUUACUUCAUCGUGUUAUUGAUGCACAUGCUGCAUCAUACAGUGAUAAUCAUGUUCAUUAUCAUCAUCAUCAUCAUCAUCCACCAUCGGCAUCAAUUGAUUUAAUUGCUUAUGCAUGGAUGUCUCCUGGUCAUGAUAUUUUUUCAUUACCAGCUGCAUUUAGUAUACAAUUUGGUGAUUUCUUCGAUCUAACCAUGCCUGAUGAAACACCUGUAGUCGGUUUAACUGAUAGUGAACUUGAACGAUUACCAACAAUGAUUUUUACAAAAUCUUGUACAAAUAUUGAAGAUGAUGAUAAAUGUGCUGUAUGUUUGAGUGAAUAUAUAGGUGGUGAAAAACUCAAACGUCUACGAUGCAAACACUUCUUUCAUAGUGAAUGCAUUGAUCCAUGGCUUAAGACAUCAACUCGGUGUCCUAUUUGUCGAGGUGAACAGACAAGUUGA